AUGGAGACUCAAAUGGAGUACUGGAGGCAAAGGAAUUUGUUGCCGGCUAUGGAGACUGAAAUGGAGUGGAGGCAACAUAAUUAUCCAUUUUCUGUUACCAAGACAUAUUCUUUGCCGAUGGAGUCUAGAGUGGUGUGCCGCAGGCAACAAAAUUAUCCAUUUUCUGUGAGCAGGAUGUCUUCGUUGCUGAGGGAUACUGAAAUUGAGUGGAGGCAAAGGUUGGAGGCUGAAAUGGCUUGGAGGCGAAGAAUGGAUACUGAAAUCGAGUGGAGGAAAAGGUUAGAGGCUGAAAUGAAUUGGAGGCGAAGAAUGGAGACUGAAAUUGAGUGCAGGCGUAGAAUGGAGACUGAGAUGGAAUGGAGGCAAAUCAAUGGUCCAUUUUCUGUGAUGAGGACAGCUUCCAUGCCGCCAAUGGAGACUCAAACAGAAUGGGGGAAAAUAAGUGAUCCAUUUUCUGCUAAUAGGACGGCUUCGUUGCCACCAAUGGAGACUGGAGAGGAGUGGAUGCAAAAAGAUGAUCCAUUUUUAACUAUGAGGACGCCUUCGUUGCCGCCAAUGGAGACUGGGAUGGACUGGGAGGAAAGAAGGGACCUCCAGACACAGACGCACGGGGACGCGAAGUUUGAUGGCACUUCCAUUGCAGGUGCAAGUGGUAGUUCUAAUGCGAUACCUCCAGUUAAUGGCACAUUGGAGCAAAUGCAGCAUCUGAUAGUAGCAGCUAUUGGAGCUACUAAUGAGAAAUCACCCCACUUAUCAGGGAAAGAGGCACUCAAAAACAUCUUGCUCAAAAUGCCUGGUGUUUCCAGCCAAGGUGAUGGACCAAAUGGAAAGAAGAUCGAAGGAUUCUUGUACGCGUAUAAGAGGGGAGGAGAAGUGAAGAUUGUUUGUAUUUGUCAUGGUCAUUUUCUGACGCCAGCUCAAUUUGUCAUGCUGGUGGAGGUGAUGUUGAAAACCCUUUAA